CGGAGCUGGACACCAGCUCGCCUCUGCGGCGGACCCGCCACACCGCUGGGCCCGUGACCUUCGGCAGGUCACCCUCUCCUGAUCUCCCGGGCAGCAGGCAUCCAGUCUAGCCCGGCUGGGAAAUGCAGCUGACCCCUGGCCACGGUCACCCCUGCAAAGAGCUGAGUCAGUGUGCCUCUGAGCCUCACAGCACUCCCGUGCGGCAGAAACCGUGUGGACGCAGGGAUGGGGAAGCAGCCUCAAACCGGCUCGGGGACUGUGGGCCCCCCGGGGUGCCCUGCGGUGUCACGGAGCCUGUCUUGCUUCAGGAUGGGUCUCAGCUACCAGGCAGCACCCGCCUGUCUCUAAGAGCUUCCACACAGGGGACAGGUCCCGCGGAGCAGCCGAGCAGCCUACCCGAAGUCAGGAUGGGUGACGUCCAUCCUUCUGCUGCAGCCUGCAGCCACGUCACUGCCUGGGAAGAUGGGACAGGGGAGGACCGGUCACCAGAAGCUCCAGACCCCCAACAGCUUGCCCCUGUGCCGUGCCCACAGUGGCCGACACCCGCAGGGUGGCAUGGGGCCAAGUGUGGAAGCAGAAGCAGGCCUGCGCUCCUCAGAAAGCCCCGUGUCCCCUCCAGCCACCUCCGCGUCAUCGCCUUUCCCGGGCACCACCUCCGGCCCCUCACAGGGCUGAUUCCAGCCAAACCCCGGGGACCCUCCCGCUGGCUGGUCAUCGUCACCACCCCGGGUUUUCUGGACACGCAUGUGUCUCUCUCCCACCUCCUCUGCUUCCCAACGGAAAAGCUCGCUCCCCAGUCCUGGCCUCUGCCCCCCAAAAGUAGCACUUCGGAGGGACUUGAACGAUGA